AUGUCAACAACGAAGCCAUUGGCGCAUGAGAAGCGCAAGGGCGAAUCUGUCGGUACACCUUCAGCAAAAGGAUAUCACGGGAACCAGAAGCUCACAACAGGCCAACAGGCUCUUAGCGACUUCGCCGAAUACGUAGAGCAACAGCAGAAUCUACGGUAUCCCACAGCCAAGACAAUAGCUGUCGCGACCACCGAAAUCACCGACGCAAAUACCGAACAUCACGAAGAGCUUGAUGAAUUGUUCGACAAUCUAGAUCUUGCCGAUUCAGCGCCUCGAGUUCCUCUCAAGCAACUUCUUCUUGAAUCGGGCGAGGACGAAGAUGAUGAGAAUCUAAAGCAAUUGGAGAACCUCGUAUCCGACCGGUUAGACGAAGGUUUUGGUGAAUGUGUCUUUGAGAUCGGAUACGAGAGUCAUGGCGAGUCAAUGAACUUGACACUUGAUCAAUGGAACCAUGCGUACAAGACAUUACAAAGAGCAGCAAAGAGAGUGCGCGCUGAUUGCGAUCUCUUGCUGACCAAGAAUGUCGGCGGCGAUGUUGAGGCCGCAAGCACCAGCGCCGGUCCGGUGAAGGACAAGAGUUGCAGCGGCAAGGUUCUCAUACGGCAGACUCCUUCUACAAUAGAGGAUGUUAUUGAAACAAGAAUAGCAGUAGUCGGAAACGUCGAUGCCGGCAAGAGUUCCAUGUUAGGCGUGCUCGUCAAGGGUGAUCUUGACGACGGACGAGGAAGGGCGCGAGUUAACCUCUUUCGACACAAGCAUGAGAUUGAAACUGGCCGAACUAGCUCUGUCGGUAUGGAGAUCAUGGGCUUUGACACAACAGGCCACGUUAUCACCUCGGAUACUCCAGGACGCAAACUUUCUUGGGAAGAAAUCGGCAAGCGCAGCGCAAAGGUUAUCACUUUUACUGACUUGGCUGGCCACGAGAAGUACCUUAGAACAACCGUGUUUGGUUUGCUCUCCAGUAGCCCAAAUUACUGUCUGCUUAUGGUGGCAGCUAACAAUGGUCUUAUCGGUAUGAGCAAGGAGCAUCUUGGAAUUGCCCUGGCUCUCAACGUCCCCGUCAUGGUUGUUGUUACCAAGAUUGAUAUCUGCCCACCCAACAUUUUGGAGCAAACGUUAACACAGAUCACCAAAAUCAUGAAGAGUCCCGGUGCUCGCAAAAUCCCGACAUUCAUCAAGACGCGCGAGGAGUGUAUCAACACAGCCACACAGUUCGUCAGUCAGAGAAUAUGCCCAGUGUUCCUUGUUUCCAAUGUUACGGGCGAGAAUCUGGAUCUGGUCAGGACGUUCUUGAAUAUUCUCCCUCACCAUGGACGUUACAAUUCUGAUGCACCAUUCGAAUUCCAUGUCAACGACACUUUCUCGGUGCCUUUCACAGGAACCGUCGUGUCCGGCAUCAUCAAGUCCGGCGUGAUCCACGAAGGCGACAACGUCCUUAUUGGACCCGACUCGUUGGGGCAGUUCAUCUCUACAGGUGUUAAGUCAAUUGAACGCAAGAGGAUAAGAGUACCCGCUGCGUCAGCGGGCCAGUCUGCCUCUUUUGCUCUCAAGAAGGUCAAGCGCAAAGAUGUGAGGAAGGUCCUUAUUCUCUCCCAUGCCACCACCAUCAAGACCAAAUAUCAGGCUAUGCUGCAUGUUGGUCCCGUUUCUCAGACCUGUGCGAUAAUUGACAUCGACCGAGAGCUCAUUCGCACAGGAGAUCGCGCAACAGUUGCAUUCCGCUUCGUUCAACGCCCUGAGUAUCUUGCUCCAGGAGAUAGGCUUCUCUUCCGCGAAGGCCGCACCAAGGGCCUUGGCAUAGUCAAGUCUGUCGGUUACGACCCUGAGCACCCAUUGAUGCCCAGCAAGGAUGGCGACAAGGAGAAGGAGAAGCAGCCUGUCAACUCCGAGGUUAGUGUUGGGGCCUGA